AAACGAAUUAGCUUUGGGAAGCUUUGUCAUCUCAUGGCUCCGAUUGACCCACAGAGCAGCGGGCUUUUGGCCUUGUUGGCAGCUGAUGCUGGGGGAAAGGCAAUAGAAGAGGCACUUCAGAUCUGCCACAGGAGCCCUCAGCUGGUCACAAAGUUCUUGAAGGGUGUUGCCCGGGAGCAGACCCAGGCAGCUGUCGAGAUCUUGGAUUUCCUGGUGGACCAGGACGUGGAAGUGAACACCUUUUACUUUAACUCCAUAAUUGGGAGCGCAGGUUGGGUGGAGGCAUUGAAUAUCAUGCAGCGAAUGCAAGCAAGUCAUAUAUCAUUCAGCCAAGUUACAUACGGUGCCGCAAUCAAGUCUUGCAGCAAAGCAAAUCAGUGGAUUCCAGCAUUGAGUUUGCUGGCUUCCAUGGAAACAUCAAUGAUGCCAAACGAGAUCGUGUUUAGUUCUGCCAUCAAAUCUUUCGAAGCAGAGGGACUGUGGCAAAAUGCGCUUUACUUGCUUUUGCGUAUGUCUCAGAUGACGCUACAAGCAGAUGUAGUCUGCACAAGUGCAGCUAUGGCAGCAAGCGUGGCAGCUGGCAGAUGGCAGGUAGCAUUGCAACUUUUUCAGGGAAUGUUGGACAAGGUUACCAUUGCUGGUGGUGUUGCUGUUUCGCAUCCGGAUGUCAUCAGCUUCAACACAUUGCUCACAGCAAUGGAGUUGAGUAGCUGGGAGUUGUGCCUUUCCGUUCUUCAAGAAGCAAACCAGCUGCUUGUAACACCCAAUAUGAUUAGUUUCAACAGCGCCAUAGGUGCUUGUGAUAGAGCUGGCAAGUGGGAAUGUGCAAUUGGCCUGAUGGAACAAGCAUCGCGUGCGAGGCUUAGAAAGAAUAUAAUCACGUGCAAUUCCUGUAUAAAUGCUUGUUUGCAGAGCUCCUGCUGGACGAUUUCUCUGCAACUAUUAUACACGGCAGCAUAUUGCAGAUUGAACCCUGACGUUGUCUCUUUUACUUCUGCACUAUCAGUAUGCUCGCGCGCGGGCUUCUGGCAAGUUGCAAUUUGCUUGUUCCAGGACAUGAAGAGGAACACCAUUACACCUAAUGAAGUAGCAUGUGGUGCUUUAAUGGUGGCCUUAAACGCGAAAUGGGAGAUGUCUCUUAACUUUUUGGAUGAAUUAUGGAGAUCCCGCACUCUGAACUCUGCUACUUGCAAUGCUGCAAUCAGCUCACUAAAGUGGGAGUGUGCUCUUCAGCUGUUGCAGAGAAUGAAGUCAGAGAAGCUCGCGGAUGAAAUCACUUGGAACACAGCUAUCAGUGUUUGUGGGCACUCUCAACAGUGGCAGUGGGCAUUGGAACUCCUGGCACACACUGAUGGUCCUGGCCUUGUCAGUUUCAACACUGCCAUUAGUGCCUGCGAAAAAGGCCCGCCUUUUUACAAAGUGGUUGCCGGUGAAUGACAGACUGUGACAGCUCCACAGAGAGUGCCAGAACCACUUGUGC